AUGUCUAAAAGAAGAAUAAGAAACGAUUCAGAAGAGGAUGAGGAAAGCGAUCUUCCUUUUAUUCCUUCCUCUAGCAAGCGCAUGAGAUUAGAUGAUCAACCUGAAGAAAGUAGCAACGGCACACCAGUUAUUAUGGAUCAAGAUAAGUCAAUAGAAGAGAUCAAGCCUAUGUUAGUAGGUGAAGACGGCUUUGUAGAAGGCUCCAUUGUUAAGAUAACAUUGAGAAACUUUGUUACAUAUGAUUAUUGUGAAAUAUUUCCUGGCCCUCAAAUGAAUAUGAUCAUUGGUCCUAAUGGUACUGGUAAAUCCACCAUUGUCUGUGCUAUUGCAUUAGGCUUAGGUGGUUCUCCUUCUCUUUUGGGAAGAGCAAGAAACAUCAACGAGUUUGUCAAGACAGGUGCAGACGAAGCUGUUGUUACAAUUGAACUUAAAAAAGUCAAUGUCAGAAAUGUUGUUAUUCAACGUUCUUUUAGAAAGUCUAAUAAUGCGACUAGCUGGAGAAUUAAUGACAAGACUUCUACUCAAAAAGAUGUUAUGGCUAUCAUUCAUGGCUUCAAUAUUCAAGUCGAUAAUUUAUGUCAAUUCUUGCCUCAAGAUCGUGUUGCUGAAUUUGCAGAGGCAUGUACUCUAUUAUCUCCUGCUCAACUUUUAGAAAGAACUCAAAUUGCAGCUGGAAAGAGUGAUUUGCAUGAAAUGCAAAAGAAUUUGGUCGAAUUAAGACUUGAAGAAAAGUCAUUGAUAAAGCAACAUCAAUCUGAUCUCAGUCAUUUAAAAGCUCUCAAUAGUCGAAACGAACAAUUGGAAAGAGACGUUAUUCGAAUGCAAUCAAGAAAAAAGAUUGAAGAUGGCAUCAAGCUCUUAGAAGCUCAAAUUCCUCUUGUCAAAUAUACUGAUGCUAAUCAAAGAGCUGAAAGAACUAAAGCGGCAUAUCAAAACGAAAGAGAAAAAGUUAAGAAAGCAAAAGAAGAAGUUGCUCCUGUAGAAAAUCUUUACAAGGAAACCGAAAUUGAAAAAGUGAAUAGUACCAGGAAAAAGAAUGAUGCCGAGAAGGACUACAAACAGGCAUUUAACAAAGUAAGAAGCACUCUGCAAAGUGUUGAAGCUGCCCGAGAAAACAUUACUGUUGCUCGAAAGGAGAUUGACUUACACAAGAAAAAGUUGCCUGAAAGAGAGAAGCAAAUCAAUGAAUGCAUUAAAAAAAUUGAAUAUAUGGAAAAAGAAUUGGAAACCCCACCUUCAGGGGAUACCUCUGAGCUUGAAGAAGGCAUUAGAGAAAUUAAUAAUGAAUCAAACAAGCUGCAUUUACAGUCAUCGGAUAUCCAGCAGCAAGUGCGAGAAAAGAACCAGAUUAAAUACAAUCUUAGAGGAGAUUUAGAAAGCAAGAUAAAAGAGAAGCAACAGCUUGAAAACAUAACCAAAGUCCGUCUCACCAAACUAAAACAUGAAUUUCCCGAUACAAUUGCAGCUUAUGAAUGGUUAAGACAAAAUAAGGACCAGUUUGCUGGAAGAGUUUACGAACCCUUAGUACUUCACUUAAACUUGAAAGACGAUAGAUAUGCUGAUUUGGUUGAGAGUGCUUUAGGUGGUCCCAGAAAUUCUUAUUUUAGGACCUUUAUUUGUGAAAAGCAAGAAGAUUAUGUCAAAUUUGCAGCAUAUGCUUUUGAAAAAAUGAAAUGGAGUGUCAGUAUUAAUUGGCCAGGCGAAAUUCCAGACAAUGCCAUCAAAACACGUUUAACACCUGCUGAACUCAAGGAAAGAUACAAAAUGGAUUAUUUUGUCAGUGAUUUAAUUCAAUGUCCUGACCCAAUUUUUCGUCUUCUUUGUAAUGAGGUCUAUAUCAAUAUGAUCCCUGUUGCUCUUGAAUGCUCAAGGGAAUUGGAUAUUGUGAACAGUAACAUUUUCAGAAAGUUUGCUAUUGGCCAAACCUUUUACAAUGUGAAGACUAGUAUUUAUGUGGAUGUUGAAGCUCGAACACAACUGACUGAGCAAAUCAGAACAAUUCAGGGCAAUAUGCAACAAACUGAUGUAGAAAUUAAAGAACUACAUGUUGAGCAUGAUCGCAUUAAACAAUUACUUGAAGAACUCAAACAUAAGAAAGAGGACUUACAAGCUCGUAAAAGAGAUAUUCAAAUCCAACUUCAAAGAUACGAAAAGUUUAAGCAUAGACUUCAAAUGACCAGAUCCGAAUUAGAAGAAUUAAAAAGAAACCUGAAGAAGACAAGAGGAAAAUUCGGGAACUUGAAGAAUCCAUUCAAGUGCAUCAAACUCUAUGAAAAACGAAACAUUGCUCAUAUUGAAUCUGCUUUCUAUGACGCCAAACAUACCGCUGCUCGAAACUACCGUAAGGAGCACGCAAGUGUAUUAGAAGGUGCAGAGAGAAACUUGUCAGCUGCAAAGAAAGAUUACAUGAUAGCUGAAAAAGAGACACGGAGAGCUAUGGAAGCAUGUAAAGAAGCUGGUCACGAACUACCCGAGGAGUUGGAUGAAGCUUUCAAGGAAAUUGUCACCAAAUGGAAAGAAGAAGGUGGAUUGGACAUUACCUCUGAAGACCUUGAAUCUAAAAUUGCAGAAGAAAAAGGUAAAGCUGAAGGCAUUCGUUUUGCCAAUCCACAUGCCAUGAAGCACUACGAAGAAAGAAAAAGAGAAAUUGCAGGACUGGAAGCUAAAAUGGAGCAAAACAAGCAGAAGCUUGAAACUUUCAGAAACAAGAUUUCUACCAUCAAGGAUCAAUGGGCUCCUCAUAUCAAAGAAUUGGUAGAACGAAUCAAUGUCAAAUUUCAAGCUGCGUUUAGACGUAUUCAUUGUGAAGGUCAAAUCAGCGUUGACGAGUCUCCUGAUUUUGACAGAUGGGGUAUUAAUAUCUAUGUAAAGUUUAGAGAUAACGAGAAGCUCCAACUUUUAACUGGUCAACGUCAAUCAGGUGGUGAAAGAUCUGUCACCACUAUUCUUUACUUGAUGUCUUUGCAAGAUCUUGCCAAAUCUCCUUUCCGUGUGGUUGAUGAAAUCAAUCAAGGUAUGGAUCCUAGAAAUGAACGUAUGAUCCACGAACAGAUUGUCAAGGGCGCUAGCAGACCUGGCACUUCGCAGUACUUUUUGAUUACACCAAAAUUACUACCUGAUUUGUAUUAUAAUGAGCGUGUCCGUGUCUUGUGUAUCUAUAACAGCGAGUGGUUACCUGAAAAGAUCAAGCCUUUAUCAGAAUACCUGAAUCACGCUCGUCAGACAAAAGUAGCUUAA